AUGUGGAGGAGGAGGUCAGAGUGUGAGGAGGAGGAGGAGGUCAGAGUGUGUGGAGGAGGAGGUCAGAGUGUGAGGAGGAGGAGGAGGAGGUCAGAGUGUGUGGAGGAGAAGGAGAGUGUGAGGAGGAGAAGGUCAGAGUGUGAGGAGGAGAAGGAGGAGGUCAGAGUGUGUGGAGGAGGAGGAGGAGGUCAGAGUGUGUGGAGGAGGAGGAGUAGGUCAGAGUGUGUGGAGGAGGAGGAGGAGGUCAGAGUGUUUGGAGAAGGAGGAGGUCAGAGUGUGUGGAGGAGGAGGAGGUGGUCAGAGUGUGUGGAGGAGGAGGAGGAGGAGGUGGUCAGAGUGUGUGGAGGAGAAGGAGGAGGUCAGAGUGUGUGGAGGAGGAGGAGGUGGUCAGAGUGUGUGGAGGAGGAGGAGGAGGUCAGAGUGUGUGGAGGAGGAGGAGGAGGUCAGAGUGUGUGGAGGAGGAGGAGGAGGUCAGAGUGUGUGGAGAAGGAGGAGGUCAGAGUGUGUGGAGGAGGAGGAGGUGGUCAGAGUGUGUGGAGGAGGAGGAGGAGGUGGUCAGAGUGUGUGGAGGAGAAGGAGGAGGUCAGAGUGUGUGGAGGAGGAGGAGGUGGUCAGAGUGUGUGGAGGAGAAGGAGGAGGUCAGAGUGUGUGGAGAAGGAGGUCAGAGUGUGUGGAGGAGGAGGAGGUGGUCAGAGUGUGUGGAGGAGGAGGUCAGAGUGUGAGGAGGAGGAGGUGGUCAGAGUGUGUGGAGGAGAAGGAGGAGGUCAGAGUGUGUGGAGGAGAAGGAGGAGGUCAGAGUGUGUGCAGGAGGAGGAGGAGGUCAGAGUGUGUGGAGGAGGAGGAGGAGGUCAGAGUGUGUGGAGGAGGAGGAGGUGGUCAGAGUGUGUGGAGGAGAAGGAGGAGGUCAGAGUGUGUGGAGGAGAAGGAGGAGGUCAGAGUGUGUGGAGGAGAAGGAGGAGGUCAGAGUGUGUAGAGGAGGAGAAGGAGGAGAGUGUGUGGAGGAGGAGGUCAGAGUGUGUGGAGGAGAAGGAGGAGGUCAGAGUGUGUAGAGGAAGAGAAGGAGGAGGUCAGAGUGUGAGGAGGAGGAGGUCAGAGUGUGAGGAGGAGGAGGUCAGAGUGUGUGGAGGAGAAGGAGGAGGUCAGAGUGUGAGGAGGAGGAGGUCAGAGUGUGUGGAGGAGAAGGAGGAGGUCAGAGUGUGUGGAGGAGGAGGAGGAGGUCAGAGUGUAAGGAGGAGGUGGUCAGAGUGUGUGGAGAAGGAGGUCAGAGUGUGUGGAGGAGAAGGAGGAGAGUGUGUGGAGGAGGAGGUCAGAGUGUGUGGAGGAGGAGGUCAGAGUCUGAGGAGGAGGAGGAGGAGGUCAGAGUGUGUGGAGGAGGAGGUCAGAGUGUGUGGAGGAGGAGGUCAGAGUGUGAGGAGGAGGAGGAGGAGGUCAGUGUGUAGAGGAGGAGAAGGAGGAGAGUGUGAGGAGGAGGAGGAGGUCAGAGUGUGUGGAGGAGGUCAGAGUGUGAGGAGGAGAAGGAGGAGGUCAGAGUGUGAGGAGGAGAAGGAGGAGAGUGUGUGGAGGAGAAGGAGGAGGUCAGUGUGUAGAGGAGGAGAAGGAGGAGGUCAGAGUGUGUGGAGGAGAAGGAGGAGGUCAGAGUGUGUGGAGGAGAAGGAGGAGGUCAGAGUGUGUAGAGGAGGAGAAGGAGGAGGUCAGAGUGUGAGGAGGAGGAGGUCAGAGUGUGAGGAGGAGGAGGUCAGAGUGUGUGGAGGAGGAGGAGGAGGUGGUCAGAGUGUGUGGAGGAGGAGGUCAGAGUGUGUGGAGGAGACGGAGGAGGUCAGAGUGUGUAGAGGAGGAGAAGGAGGAGGUCAGAGUGUGAGGAGGAGGAGGUCAGAGUGUGAGGAGGAGGAGGUCAGAGUGUGUGGAGGAGAAGGAGGAGGUCAGAGUGUGAGGAGGAGGAGGAGGAGGUCAGAGUGUGAGGAGGAGGAGGUCAGAGUGUGUGGAGGAGAAGGAGGAGGUCAGAGUGUGUGGAGGAGGAGGAGGAGGUCAGAGUGUAAGGAGGAGGUGGUCAGAGUGUGUGGAGAAGGAGGUCAGAGUGUGUGGAGGAGAAGGAGGAGGUCAGUGUGUGUGGAGGAGGAGGUCAGAGUGUGUGGAGGAGAAGGAGGAGGUCAUAGUGUGAGGAGGAGAAGGAGGAGGUCAGAGUGUGUGGAGGAGGAGGUCAGAGUGUGUGGAGGAGGAGGUCAGAGUGUGAGGAGGAGGAGGAGGAGGUCAGAGUGUGUGGAGGAGGAGGUCAGAGUGUGUGGAGGAGGAGAGUGUGAGGAGGAGGAGGUCAGAGUGUGUGGAGGAGAAGGAGGAGGUCAUAGUGUGAGGAGGAGAAGGAGGAGGUCAGAGUGUGUGGAGGAGGAGGUCAGAGUGUGUGGAGGAGGAGGUCAGAGUGUGAGGAGGAGGAGGAGGAGGAGGUCAGAGUGUGUGGAGGAGAAGGAGGAGAGGAGGAGAAGGAGGAGGUCAGAGUGUGAGGAGGAGGAGGUCAGAGUGUGUGGAGGAGAAGGAGGAGGUCCUAGUGUGUGGAGGAGGUCAGAGUGUGAGGAGGAGGAGGAGGAGGUCAGAGUGUGUGGAGGAGGUCAGAGUGUGAGGAGGAGAAGGAGGAGGUCAGAGUGUGAGGAGGAGAAGGAGGAGAGUGUGUGGAGGAGAAGGAGGAGGUCAGUGUGUAGAGGAGGAGAGGGAGGAGGUCAGAGUGUGUGGAGGAGAAGGAGGAGGUCAGAGUGUGUGGAGGAGAAGGAGGAGGUCAGAGUGUGUAGAGGAGGAGAAGGAGGAGGUCAGAGUGUGAGGAGGAGGAGGUCAGAGUGUGAGGAGGAGGAGGUCAGAGUGUGUGGAGGAGGAGGAGGAGGUGGUCAGAGUGUGUGGAGGAGGAGGUCAGAGUGUGUGGAGGAGACGGAGGAGGUCAGAGUGUGUAGAGGAGGAGAAGGAGGAGGUCAGAGUGUGAGGAGGAGGAGGUCAGAGUGUGAGGAGGAGGAGGUCAGAGUGUGUGGAGGAGAAGGAGGAGGUCAGAGUGUGAGGAGGAGGAGGUCAGAGUGUGAGGAGGAGGAGGUCAGAGUGUGUGGAGGAGAAGGAGGAGGUCAGAGUGUGAGGAGGAGGAGGUCAGAGUGUGUGGAGGAGAAGGAGGAGGUCAGAGUGUGUGGAGGAGGAGGAGGAGGUCAGAGUGUAAGGAGGAGGUGGUCAGAGUGUGUGGAGGAGGAGGUCAGAGUGUGUGGAGGAGAAGGAGGAGGUCAGUGUGUGAGGAGGAGGAGGAGGUCAGAGUGUGAGGAGGAGGAGGUCAGAGUGUGUGGAGGAGAAGGAGGAGGUCAUAGUGUGAGGAGGAGAAGGAGGAGGUCAGAGUGUGUGGAGGAGGAGAGUGUGUGGAGGAGAAGGAGGAGGUCAGUGUGUAGAGGAGGAGAAGGAGGAGGUCAGAGUGUGAGGAGGAGGAGGUCAGAGUGUGUGGAGGAGAAGGAGGAGGUCCUAGUGUGUGGAGGAGGUCAGAGUGUGAGGAGGAGGAGGAGGAGGUCAGAGUGUGUGGAGGAGAGGAGGUCAGAGUGUGAGGAGGAGAAGGAGGAGGUCAGAGUGUGA